GCCAAUCAAAUUGAGAAAGUAGAAGACAUGCAAAUACUGCACAGCGCCCUACAUGGAUGUGGGAGUGCCUACUGCGUGUUAAAAUAGUUUCUCCAAUGAAACGCCACCACGUUUGUAGGCAAACACGGAUGUGUGUCAGUUCAGCUAGGUCCUAGGUGCGUAGAUGUGCAGGACAGUGGCAGUUCCACGAAGACAAGUCAGGAAGUCCAGGCAGUGUAAAAGGAGCUAAGUUGGGUGUUGUCAUUUACACUGAAUGUUUUGCCACGUACAGCAAGUACAGUGUUUUGGUUUGUAUAAUAAGCUUUUUUAAAGAUAGAAUUUUUCUGAUAGAACACACAUCGGACCUUUUCACUGUGACAGUCUGUAAAUCCACCCGGAAAUAUUUGUGGAACGUACUUAAAAUACUGUUCAUUUUUGUUGCCGAGAUGGCUUUCGUUUUACCUCAGUCAUGAUAUUACGGGCGCGACUGUUGAAGUAAUCGUGUUCAAUAUCAGUAACACACUAACACCCGAAGGAGUGUAAACUGUAAAUAUAGGUCAGUAGUGUGAAUAUACUAAUAUGGAGUCGGGACGACGGAAAGGUCUCAGUGGUGUCUUGUCAUCGUUAUCCCUGCUGUGUGUCGUUUUGGACUUACAACUUGACGGUGUGCUGGGAGCCACCCCUGUGGAAAUCGAGCACCAUCUCGAAAUGGGCCGCAAGUUGCUGGCCGCCGGGCAGCUAGCAGAGGCCUUGUCCCAUUACCACUCAGCUGUUGAUGGAGACUCUAAGAACUACCUGACGUAUUAUAAGCGUGCAGCUGUGUUCCUGGCAAUGGGGAAGUCUAAGUCUGCUUUGCCAGACCUGACCAGGGCCAUACAGCUCAAACCUGACUUUCUGGCUGCCAGGCUACAAAGAGGGAAUAUUCUUCUGAAGCAGGGCAGUGCUCAGGAGGCCAGAGAAGACUUUGAGGCAGUGCUGCAGCGCUCCCCAGAACAGCAGGAGGCACGGGAGCAGCUCUUUAAAGUAGACGAGCUGGAGGAGCUGCAGGAGGAGGCACAUGGCGCUCAUCACCGCGGCGACUACAUCACAGUUAUACAAGUUCUGGACCGGGUCAUAGAGAUCUCUCCAUGGGAUCCUGUGUCUCGUGAGCUCCGGGCAGACUGCUUCAUCCGUCUUGGCGAUCCACGGAAGGCCAUCCAGGACCUGACGCCAGCUGCCAAGCUGCGGACGGACAACCGAGCGGCCUUCCUGAAACUCAGCAAGCUGCACUACCAAUUGGGCGAACACCAGGAGGCCCUCGGUCAAGUGCGUGAGUGUUUGAAACUGGACCAGGACGAUAAGGAGUGCUUCGCUCACUACAAGCAGGUGAAGAAGCUGAGCAAGCAGCUGGACUCUGCUGAGGAGCUCAUCCUAGAGCACAGGUUUCAGGAAGCCCUUGACAAGUACGAGUCUAGUAUAAAAACUGAACCCAACGUUCCCUUCUACACCAGCAAGGCCAAGGAGAGGAUCUGCCACUGUCUGGUCCAGAUCAAGAGGUCAGAAGAGGCUAUAGAUGCGUGCUCAGAGGCCCACCAAUUAGACCCACAGAACCUCAACAUCCUCAAGGACAGAGCAGAGGCCUACAUCCAGCUCCAAGACUAUGAGAAAGCUGUGGAGGACUACGCGGAGGCUCGGGAGUUUGAUAACGAGAACCAGGAGAUUCGCGAGGGUCUCGACCGAGCACAGAAACUGCUCAAGCAGUCACGCAAGAGGGACUACUACAAGAUCCUAGGUGUAGGCAGGAGUGCCAACAAACAGGAAAUAAUAAAAGCUUACCGAAAGCUGGCACAGCAGUGGCAUCCAGACAACUUCCAGUCGGAGGCAGACAAGAAGGAAGCAGAGAAGAGAUUCAUUGACAUUGCCUCGGCAAAGGAAGUGCUCAUUGAUCCAGAAAUGCGUCAGAAGGUCGAUGCGGGUGAGGACCCCUUGGACCCAGAGAGCCAGCAGGGAGGCAAUGGCGGCGGAGGUCCCUGGCCUUUUGGCUUCAAUCCCUUUGAGUCGGGCAACAACUUCCACUUCAAAUUUACCUACAACUAAAAAUGGACGGAUUAUUAUUUUUACAACGGACUAAAUUCAAAGUACUAAAAAAAAAGAAAAAAAAAAGAGCCAGAG